AUGUCCAAAGGGCUGCAGUUGGGGGCUCCGGGUUUGAACAUACCUGACUUUGAUCCUGACCUUGAUGGGGACAGUCCUGCCAAGAAGCGGGGGGGUGAGCACAGGGUCAGUGGCACCAAUAAGGCCAAACGGGGAGCCAAGGGUGACGAUACCUCCUCGGAUGACUCAGUGAGCCUCGCCAACAUUACGCUUCGGGAUCUCAGGGAUUUGUUGGACGAGCAAGCGGGCAAGAUCCUUCAAGCUAACAACAGUCACUCGGAGAGUUUGGUGAACGCGCUUGAGGAACGUCAGAAUGCCCGCAUGGCAGGGAUGGAGCAGGCUACCAAGGGGCUUGCAACCACGGUUGAGGGGGUUCAGGAGCGCUUGGCCAAGCUCGAGUCACUCAUCCAACGGGGACCGCCUUCUGUCAAGCCUGAUGACGAGCGCAGGCGCCAGACCCUCGUCUUUGGCGGAUGGGAACGGGACACUCGACGCCAGACUAUUGUUAUGGAAGUCACCGAGGCACUCACCCGGCUGGGGCUUACCACUUCGGUCGAUGAAUCGGUCUUCACCACUGGCCCGCGGAGAUCCCUUGCACUCCUCAACAUGCCCUUGCGCCUCCAGGAAUCCGAUGCCGCCAGGAAAGCCAGGAUGCACAAAGUGCUUACCACCGUUAACUCUGCGGAUGCCCGGACUUCGGCUGGCAAAAAGCUCUGGUGCUCAUACAGUAAGACGAGGGCGGAACGCCAGAUGGGAGGGCACUGCUCCUGGAUCAAGAGAUCCCUGGGGGCCAUCUCCGACGACCUUGCUCAGUCAGUUGAUCUGGAGUAUAGCACGGGAUCGGCCUGGCUUGGGGAGAGUUUGAUCGCUAGCGUGGCAAGACAACCAGGGAACGGGGCGAAUUCGCAUGAGAUGAUCACGAUACCAUCAGAGGACACAGGGCCGCAGUGGGUUGACUUGGGAGCACUGGCAAAAGAAUCAGGGCAUCCGGAGCCGGAUCUUGGCGAACUCCUUGGUUUGCUCCGCACUUGUCAAGAUGAUGUGGAGCGGCUUGAAAGGAGUGGGAAUUCAUUUGCUAACUGGGGUGCUGCGGAUGUUUCUGCAAGAUCUCACGAGGUGCAUGGGACCAGGAAUGCCUGUCAGGGUGCUGCCCCGGAAGGGUACGGCGCCUCCUCUGGCGUCAAGGCUGUUAAAACAGCGGCCGUGCGCGGGAGAAUGAAUUUGAGCACUUUGCAGGGAUCCCGGAAUCAGGGCUCGCUAUCGGUCGACAACCAUGUUGAGCAAGAAUUCUCGAUACUGGGAUGGAACGUGGGUGGUGCUGAACUGGGAAAUCUCACGGAAGCAGCUCGUCUUUCAACAGGGCAACCAUUACACACGAGUCAGCUUUUUCUUCUUCAAGAAGUACCAAGGGUUCAGGAUGGGUGGAGUACGUGGCACCAGGAUGCUUGGACAGUUUGUUCCUACCAACACAAGGAUCAAUGGAGAGGGACGGGGGUUAUGUUCUGCAAGGAUGCGUGGUCUAUCCUCCGAAGAGUGCCGGCGGGCAAGGGCUCCUGGUUCAAACUUCGGCGACUUUGUGAUGGUUUCGAGCUGUGGCUUGCUACCUUUCACUUCACUCCGGGGUGUACAGUUGAUUGCUUCGCUUCGCAGGUGGAUGCUUUCCUCCGGAAAAAGCCCGCAGGCAAGAACAGAAUUGUGGUGCAAGGGGAUGCGAACGCAGGUCUGGCAUGGACUCAGGGUGAAGGCACCUUACAGCCGUCGGGGAGGGAUGCCAAAGCUCUACUCCUCCUGGACAGGUUUGCCAAGCACGACCUCUCCCUGGUGCCACCUAGGUCCCCCUAUGUGGCUUUGCCUACGUCGAGACCUAGACAGGAGGGUCGGGAAGGCAAACAGAUUGAUCUCUUCGCGACGUCCCGCUUCAGACAUGAGGGCAUGAUCAUUCACAGGGACUCAAGCUACAGCAUAGGGACGGACCACGAGCUUCUGCAAGGAGUCUUCAAGGUCGUAAAGGGGAAGGUGGUUGCGAGGUGCCAGACCAAGCCUCGUGUCUGGAUAGGGGGCCCGAGCAAGAUUGAGCACAUUGACCAAGGGGUUUUGGAGGGAUUGGCUCGGACUUGCACGAAACCACGAAGGAGCUUGGCUUAUAAGGACCCCAAGCACGUUGUCCUUAUGUUCCAGCAGGCGAGGAUCUCGCGGACCCGGGAGGCUUGGAAAAGGGCCCUCGCCUAUCGCCGUGCGGCGCGGCAGAAGUGGGAGAAGGCACGUCAGGACAGGGCUCUGCAGGGCGACUGGAAGGCGUUUCAGCAGAGCAAAGUGGCCACCAAACAGGGAUGGGAGAUUGAGUAUGCCGACCUGCAAUCUAGGGACCCGCAUGCCACGGUACAUGAUCACCUAAGUGCGCUCUAUAAGGGCCAGGACAUUGAGCCGAAAUACAACGCGGACCAGGAGGUUCAGGCUUUCACGGUUGAAGAACUCCGAACAGCCUUAUCCCAGCUUAAAGGGGGAAAGUCGGUUGGGCGUGACCUCACUUCGAAGGAGCUUCUUGAAGGGGUGAUCAACAUUGAAGGUGGACAAUCUCACUUGCUGGAGUUUAUGAAUCGUGUGUUAUGCACACAGGUAAUUCCGCCAGCAUGGAACCAACCCUUGCUGAUCGUCCUCCCAAAAACUGACCAACCUGCUUCUCCGUCGGAUCUGAGACCAAUUGCCCUGGGCAGUUCGGCCUCCAAGCUCUUCUCCAGGCUUGUGCUGAACAGGGUAUCGCAUCGUUUUGCCUACACUAGUCACGCUCAAUGUGCGGGAGGGCAGCGUCAAUGCUCAGAUGUCAUCUUUGCCAUAUACCGUCUAUUGCAGUUAGAGAAAGAGUGGAAACAGGGUCUUGUGAUAUCCCAGAUUGACGUCUCCAAGGCGUUCGAUUCGCUCAGUCGGACCAAGCUCAUUCAUAAGCUGGAGACUCUCUUUUUAUGGAUGAUGGAUUACUCUGGGCCAGGGAUGUUGAAAGCUUGA